CCUCAUUUCUUUGUUUUUUCCUCGUGGAAGACCAACUCAUACUGUUGACAAUCUUGCAGAAGACUCUAAUUUUCAUUUCCCCUCUCCAAAUCUCUAAUCUCAUCUUCUUUCUCUCUCCUCCCUUCUCUUCAACCUCGCCGCCUUUCACCUAUAAACCUCAUUUUCCGAAUUUUAUCCUCCCCCCCUCUCUCUCUCUCUCUCCUCUCUUUGAAUCUUUACCUAAAUAUUCCCAAAUCCAGCACUUUCAACCUUAAUUUUACCAAACAAAGAUAAAUAAAUGAAAGGUUUCUUCUUUUAGGUUUCUGUGUAAAUCCUGACCGUCGAUUUCUCUCGCCGGAGAUCGAUGAAUUUCCCCAAAUUAACUGUAGAUAUUAAUUAUUAUUUACCCUUUUUUGGAGUAAAUUUCUUACCCAGUGUCAUGUUCAUCUAGUCAGAGAAUCAUCAGUGCAGGGACCAGCUGGUAGUUGGGAGAGAGAAAGGGUGGAAAAUAAAAAUAAAAAAGGAAGUGAUAAAAGCAGAUUGACUGGUAGCUGCUGAAGAGAGAGAAAACACAAAAUACUGUGUUUGUGUUUGUGUGUUCAACUUUCUCUCUCCUGGAAAAAAAACCCUAAAAAAAUCCCUCUUUUUUCCCCACUCAUGCCGGCAGAUUUGGAUGAUUCAUCACCUAAAACUAUGUCAAACAAUACAGCUUCUGGAGAAGCAAGUGUUUCUUCAAGCGGCGAUCAAAUUGAACCCUUAAAACCUCCUCCAAAAAAGAAGCGUAAUCAACCUGGAAUGCCUGAUCCAGAUGCAGAGGUAAUAGCUUUGUCACCGAAAACAUUAAUGGCGACCAACAGAUUUGUAUGUGAAAUAUGUAACAAGGGUUUUCAGAGAGAUCAGAAUCUUCAGUUACAUAGAAGAGGGCAUAAUUUGCCAUGGAAGUUGAGGCAAAGAUCGAGUAAAGAGGUUAAGAAGAGAGUUUAUGUUUGCCCAGAAAUUAGUUGUGUUCAUCAUGAUCCUUCAAGAGCUUUGGGAGAUUUGACUGGGAUUAAGAAACAUUUUUGUAGAAAACAUGGUGAAAAGAAGUGGAAAUGUGAUAAAUGUUCUAAGAAAUAUGCUGUGCAAUCUGAUUGGAAAGCUCAUACUAAGAUUUGUGGUACUAGGGAGUAUAAGUGUGAUUGUGGUACUCUUUUUUCAAGGAGAGAUAGUUUUAUUACUCACAGAGCAUUUUGUGAUGCUUUAGCUGAGGAAACUGCAAGAAAUCCUCGUUCGAGUGGUAAUAAUAGCAAUAAUAGUAAGAUGGAUGUGGACACAAAAAUUGUAACUGGUGGAAUUGCUUCGCCGCCUGCACCGCCAACGCUAUCGCCGGUGUCUCAGCAGAUGCCUCCUCCGUCGCCAGUGCCUGCACCGUUACAAUCGCCAGCAACACCGUCGCAGCCGCAGUCACCGCUUGCCAUGGGUCCAGCAAUGCAGCCGCCGCUUACCAUGGCUUCACCAACUAAUAUGGUGUCAUCCAUUUUGCCUAUUCAGAGUGCAGUUCAACUCUUGCCAGAAAUUCCAACUCCGGUCUCAGAAGAUGUACUUCCUCCGGUCUCCAUAGUCGCGUCUGAGUUAAAGGGUAGCAGUAGCAGUUGUUGCAGUUCUAGUAGUGGUGCCAACACUAGUGGCAGCAGUGUAUUUGCUACCUUAUUUGCUUCUUCCUCAACUACACCAGUUAGCUUACCAUCCCACCCAAAUCCGGCUUUCUCAGACUUCAUCCAAUCCAUGGCUCGACCUGAAUGUCCCCCACCAGAACUCCCCCCUUCUGUAUCAACAGAACCGAUAUCGCUUUGCCUCGCUACAAAUCAUGGGUCAUCCAUCUUCGGGCCUGCUGGCCAAGAACGGAGGCAGUAUGCACCGUCUCCACAGCCAGCAAUGUCAGCCACUGCACUACUUCAAAAAGCUGCUCAAAUUGGUGCUGCAGGAAGUGGGGGUUCAUUACUUCGUGGGCUCGGGCUUGUCUCAUCGACUUCAUCUGCUGGGCCGUCGGAAGGUCUUCAAUGGACUUCUCGGCAAGUUGAACCUGAGACUAGCCCUGUCCAAUCAGGCCUUGGGCUGGGACUGCCUUGUGACGAAGGGUCUGGACUGAAGGAACUAAUGAUUGGAAGUUCUUCAAUGUUUGGCCCAAAACAGCCCACCCUUGACUUCCUCGGGUUGGGAAUGGCUGCAGGAGGAAGCUCAAAUGGGGGGCUCUCGGCUUUGAUCACAUCGAUGGGAAAUGGCCUUGAUGUGGCUGCCGCAGCGGCUUCGUUUGGGGGAGCAGAGUUUGCUAGUAAAGACAUUGGAAGGAGCUCAUGAUGUAAGAAUCAAAGAGAGAAGCUAGAUUGUACAGGGUAUCUCUUUGAUGUUGCAGAGAAGAUCAGGUAUAGUUGUAGGUGGGGUUACUAUUUACAAUUUAUGCCUGAAAUCUAAGACUAGAGGCAGUUAGGGUCUUUUUGAUAAUUCUGCUGCCUUUAUAAUGAAUGAUAAAGAGGCUAUAAAAUAUGUUGUACUAUGUUGUAAUUCAACUACUUCUGGUUAGAAACUUUAGUCAAAUCCAUUUCCCCUGCCUAAGUAUGUAAAAGGGGGAGUUAGUAAAUUCAUGAAUCAAUCUAAGUUUUACAAAUUCGUCA